AGUGUACGCAUAUUUUUCUCAAAAAGAUAAUUCUUCGGAAUGGUUUCACGUUGAUGUUGCAUAAUUUGCCUUUAAGGCUAAGCUAUCCUGCCUUGUUUUGCGGAUAAGCCCGACAAACUGAAGGAGCCAGACGGCAAAGCCGUCUGGGCUGCAAACUUUGCACUGAAUUCCUUCUGCAUAAUCGCAGAUCCCGAAGAGUCCCUCUCGAAGACCAAAACUGCCAGAUCUGCAUUAUAACACUGAGAAUGCAGGUGAUAGGGAAAGACCAACCAAACGGUUCCAGCGGACAGCCGACCCAUAGUGCGCUAAGGAGAAGCACACAUGGAUCUCCGGAAGAGCACAAGCAUCUCACGUGGGAUGAGCAGGCCAUUGCGGAGCACGACUUGGAACGUGGGACCCGCAUGAAAAUUGAUGAACCGCCGACACCGUAUCACAGGCGAGGAUCGGACGCCCACGGCGAUAAUGAGAAGAAUUCGCCGCAGCCUGGCGAAGCUGUUUCCGCUUCGGCCCUUCAGGCGUGCCUGGAACACUUAGCGGUGAAUGAUAGAGGGCAAGCGCUAAACGAGGAAGAACUGGAACAAAAACGGCGCCACGAGUUCGAAUUGAAGCGGAAACAGCACUACUGUGAAUUCCAACAAGUUAAGCUCAUGAAAGAAAUAUAUGCGGAGGAAGAAGAUGAGUGACAGUGUGAAUGUUUCGGUCAGCAGUAUGUGGCCAAUGUAUUCCUUUGAACAACAACUGGUACAGGCUGGCGGAAACGACCCGCGAGACAGCUCACCACCUCGCGGGCAGCCUAUGUUCGCCGGUGAUCACGAGCGCUCUUGCGCAAGGUCGUUCACUGUUCACUUAAUGUGGAGACGGCAGUUUCCAGAACGUUCAUGUUUUUGUGUCAUCAAGUGACACAGUUUGACUUUGGCAUUCGAUUUUCGGGAGCUCUCUUGGACAGGAUUCUUGUAGUGUGUGACACGCACUGAAAUUUACCAUUAUAAAAGACCAAGGUGCGACGUACUAGAAUCCUGUGAGCUAAAGCCAAGUUUUGGUUGUC